AUGGAUAAAUCUUGCGGUUGUGACGACGACGACUUGAAUAAUCUCUAUAGAUCGAAAAAUCACACUAUUAAAUUACGAGACCAAAAAAUACAGGAACUGGAAUUUCAAAUACAGCAAACACGCAAAGAAUUAAAAAAAACGAUCGAUGAAACAAAUUAUGUGCGAAAAAAGAUUGAAGAAAGUCAAUUGGAUACGGAAGAUGGUCAACUGAAUACGAGUCUCGGUAUAAUAAGCAAUGUCAGCGAUCGUGUAAAAGGUGUUGAUCAAAAGAUGUUACCUCGCCGAAUUUUCUUUGGAAUGGACCAAAUCAUUGAUCAACGUAAACUCGAACAUGAAAUUGAGAAAUACUUUGGUCCAGUUGAAAAGUUGAGUAUACUCUCAACUAAAAUGAGUGGAUUCAUAACAUUUGAAUCGCCGACUUCAUAUUUCAACGCAAUAAAUGCCGAACGCGUUCGUAUUGAGGGAAUUCGCGUCUAUUUCUCCAAGGUUAAGAAUCCUAUUCAUUGUGAAGAUUUUUGA